AUGGUCUUCAGAACCCAGCUUUCUAAUCAGACUUACCACGACUCUACUAUUGUCACUCCAAUUAUUUUGAGGACUGACCCUCAGGGAUUUUUCUUUUACUGGACAGAUCAAAAUAAGGAGACGGAGCUGUUAGAUCUCAGCCUUGUCAAGGAUGCCAGAUGUGGGAAACAUGCCAAAGCUCCCAAGGACCCCAAAUUACGGGAACUUUUGGAUGUGGGGAACAUUGGACGUCUGGAGCAUCGCAUGAUCACCGUGGUGUACGGGCCCGACUUGGUUAACAUCUCCCAUUUGAAUCUCGUGGCUUUCCAAGAGGAAGUGGCCAAGGAAUGGACAAAUGAGGUUUUCAGUUUGGCAACAAACCUGCUGGCCCAAAACAUGUCCAGAGACGCAUUUCUGGAAAAAGCCUAUACUAAGCUUAAGCUGCAAGUCACUCCAGAAGGGCGCAUUCCUCUCAAAAACAUAUACCGCUUGUUCUCAGCAGACCGGAAGCGAGUUGAAACUGCUUUAGAGGCUUGUAGUCUUCCAUCUUCAAGGAAUGAUUCAAUACCUCAAGAAGAUUUCACUCCAGAAGUGUACAGAGUUUUCCUGAACAACCUUUGCCCUCGACCUGAAAUUGAUAACAUCUUUUCUGAAUUUGGUGCCAAAAGCAAACCAUACCUUACUGUUGAUCAGAUGAUGGAUUUUAUCAACCUGAAGCAGCGAGAUCCCCGGCUAAAUGAAAUACUUUACCCACCUUUAAAACAAGAACAAGUCCAAGUAUUGAUUGAGAAGUAUGAGCCCAACGAUAGCCUCGCCAAAAAAGGACAGAUAUCAGUGGAUGGCUUUAUGCGCUAUCUGAGUGGAGAAGAAAAUGGAGUCGUUUCGCCUGAGAAACUGGAUUUGAACGAAGAUAUGUCUCAGCCCCUUUCUCACUAUUUCAUCAAUUCCUCACACAACACCUACCUCACAGCUGGCCAGUUGGCUGGAAACUCCUCUGUUGAGAUGUAUCGCCAAGUGCUCCUGUCUGGUUGUCGCUGUGUGGAGUUGGACUGCUGGAAGGGACGGACUGCAGAAGAGGAGCCAGUCAUCACUCAUGGGUUCACCAUGACAACUGAAAUAUCCUUCAAGGAAGUGAUAGAAGCAAUUGCUGAGUGUGCAUUUAAGACGUCACCUUUUCCGAUUCUGCUUUCAUUUGAGAACCACGUAGAUUCCCCAAAGCAGCAAGCCAAGAUGGCGGAGUAUUGCCGACUGAUCUUUGGAGAUGCUCUUCUCAUGGAACCACUGGAAAAGUACCCACUGGAAUCUGGAGUUCCUCUUCCAAGCCCUAUGGAUUUAAUGUACAAAAUUUUGGUGAAGAAUAAGAAGAAAUCACAUAAGUCAUCAGAAGGAAGUGGCAAAAAGAAGCUCUCAGAACAAGCCUCCAACACGUACAGCGACUCCUCCAGCGUGUUUGAGCCUUCGUCUCCAGGAGCCGGGGAAGCUGAUACCGAGAGCGAUGACGACGAUGAUGAUGAUGACUGUAAAAAAUCUUCAAUGGAUGAAGGCACUGCUGGCAGCGAGGCCAUGGCCACAGAAGAGAUGUCUAACCUGGUGAACUAUAUUCAGCCAGUCAAGUUUGAGUCCUUUGAAAUUUCAAAAAAAAGAAAUAGAAGCUUUGAAAUGUCUUCCUUCGUGGAAACCAAAGGACUCGAGCAACUGACGAAGUCUCCAGUGGAAUUUGUAGAAUAUAACAAAAUGCAGCUCAGCAGGAUAUAUCCAAAAGGAACCCGUGUGGAUUCAUCAAACUACAUGCCUCAGCUCUUCUGGAAUGCUGGUUGCCAAAUGGUUGCACUUAAUUUUCAAACCGUGGCAUUAUUUAAAAUAGCGAACUACUGGAAGCAUCCAUUGAUAGAGGACAGGAUUAUUUCAGGUCAGUUUCUCUCUGAUAAGAAAGUUGGGACUUUUGUGGAAGUGGAUAUGUUUGGUUUGCCUGUGGACACGAGGAGGAAGGCAUUUAAGACCAAAACAUCACAAGGAAAUGCUGUCAAUCCUGUCUGGGAAGAAGAGCCCAUUGUGUUCAAAAAGGUGGUUCUUCCUUCUCUGGCCUGUUUGAGGAUAGCAGUGUAUGAAGAAGGAGGUAAAUUUAUCGGUCACCGGAUCUUGCCUGUCCAGGCAAUUCGACCAGGCUAUCACUACAUCUGUCUGCGGAAUGAGAGGAACCAGCCUCUGAUGCUCCCAGCUGUCUUUGUCUACAUAGAAGUGAAAGACUAUGUACCAGACACAUAUGCAGAUGUGAUUGAAGCUUUGUCAAAUCCAAUCCGAUAUGUGAACCUGAUGGAGCAGAGAGCCAAGCAACUGGCUGCUUUGACACUGGAAGAUGAAGAGGAAAUAAAGAAAGAGGCUGACCCUGGGGAAACACCAUCAGAAGCUCCAAGUGAAGCCAGGACAACUCCAGCAGAAAAUGGAGUGAAUCACACUACAUCCCUGGCACCCAAACCACCCUCCCAGGCUCCCCACAGCCAACCAGCUCCAGGCAGAAGCCAGGCUCCAGCUAAGACCAGUUCACUCUUAUACUUGUUUGUUGCAGAAGUGGAAGCACAGACUAUUGAAGAGCUAAAGCAACAGAAAUCAUUUGUGAAACUUCAAAAGAAGCACUACAAAGAAAUGAAAGACCUGGUUAAAAGACACCACAAGAAAACCACUGACCUUAUCAAAGAACACACUACAAAAUAUAAUGAGAUCCAGAAUGACUACUUGAGAAGGAGGGCGGCUUUGGAAAAGACAGCCAAAAAGGACAGUAAGAAAAAAUCAGAACCCAGCAGUCCCGACCAUGGUUCAUCAACAAUUGAGCAAGAUCUUGCUGCCCUAGAUGCUGAAAUGACCCAAAAGUUAAUAGACCUGAAGGACAAACAGCAGCAGCAGCUGCUUAAUCUUCGACAAGAACAGUAUUACAGUGAAAAAUACCAGAAGCGAGAACAUAUUAAACUGCUUAUUCAGAAAUUGACAGAUGUUGCCGAAGAAUGUCAGAACAAUCAGCUAAAGAAGCUCAAAGAAAUCUGUGAGAAAGAGAAGAAAGAAUUAAAGAAGAAAAUGGAUAAAAAAAGGCAGGAGAAGAUCACAGAGGCUAAAUCCAAAGACAAAAGUCAAAUGGAAGAGGAAAAGACAGAGAUGAUCCGGUCAUACAUCCAGGAGGUGGUACAGUACAUCAAGAGGUUAGAAGAGGCACAAAGUAAACGGCAAGAAAAACUUGUCGAGAAACACAAGGAGAUUCGUCAGCAGAUCCUGGAUGAAAAGCCCAAGCUGCAGACGGACCUGGAGCAAGAGUACCAAGACAAGUUCAAAAGACUGCCCCUGGAGAUCCUGGAGUUCGUGCAGGAAGCCAUGAAGGGGAAGAUCAGUGAAGACAGCAAUCACAGUUCUCUCCCUCCCUCCCUGGCCUCAGACCCUGGAAAACUAAACCACAGGCCUCCUUCCAGUGAGGAGCUAGAAGGAGACAACCCAGGAAAAGAGUUUGAUACUCCUCUGUGAUUGUUCCUGCCAGGCCUUCAAAACAUGCAUGGCCACUUCAUCAGACUCUCUCUUACUACCAAGAUCACUGCCCAGGAGCAUCUUCCUGAGAAGCAUCCCUUAGCCUAAAAUCCACACCAAAGGGGGAGUUCUAGAAGGAUCCAUGCAGACUUCCUCAUGCCCAGGCUCCAGGUGUUAUAUGGACAUUAUUGCAGCCUACCUGUGGAGAGUGCAUGUAUGUGGGAUUUUUGUUUUCUCUCCAAUAGUAAAUUCAAAGCAGGCAACUUCCAGGCUCCAUGGGACAUUUAAUGAAGGACAGUAUCUUUUUUGAAGAAAAUCAAGCUCAUGUUUUUAUUUGAAGCUCUGGUGUAAAGUAUUUCGAAGUAAUAGAAAUAGUUUGAGAAAUGCAUAGCACUAUUUAACACUAUUGAAGAGUCAACUUAGAGCAUUUGUUUUUCCUAACUGCCCCUCAACUACCAUAUCUUCAACUUAACAUGCAUAUUAAAUUGUUCCAUCCUUUGCUUUGCAAGCACUGGCAGCUUGCAGUUUGCUAAUUUAUUUAUCAUAGAGGCAUCCGUGUAUUCGUUGCUGACAUGGCUUUAUUAGAUACCAUAGUGAUUCAAAUAAGUCGAUUUUCUUUCUUGAGAAAAAGUCACUUGAUUGUAUCCUCACCCCGUGAACUAUCCCAAGACUUAGCAAUAUGGCUCCUACAUUUGGUUGCUUGAGAAAACUGGCCACACACUUCCAGACAGUGUGCUUUUUGAGUUGACUAUUUGCACUUAAAGUCUGGAUAGCCAUUGGUUGUUGGCCUGAAAUUAUUACAUAACUACAAAGAGUCUGUCUGGUUGAAUAAAAAUAAUUGAGCAGAUGUAUCUUGAGCAGAGAUUCAAUCAGACUGAACAGGUUCCAGUGUUUAUUUUGCUGUCUCACAUUUUAUAUGGUUCAUUUAUUUUUAAUAUAGAGAUAAAGAUUGAUUAUUUAUCUAGAGAAUACACAAACCCACAUAUAAAUGAUAUAUAUUAUCUCCAUGUAUAUAUGUACACAGUCAGCCAUGUAAGUGCACACACACAUACAUACACACACAAGUGUGGCUGUGUGGUUUUUAAUUGGCAAUGACCCAAGUCCCUUCCACAAGACUUAAAACCAAAUUCAGGGAUAAAUACCUAGAGAAGAAAAUGGUCAAACAUCUGUAUUAUGUUGCUAUUAAAUUAUAUUGAAGCUCUAAGAAACAAUUGAUGGAACCAUUGAUAUGAGUGAAGGUAGAUUUAGAACUUAGAAUAUGAAUUUGAUAUAUAUUUUACAGAAUCAAAAACUGGAUUCUAAGUAUCAGAUUUUAAGCUUGCAAUAGAAUAUACAGAAUGUAUAGGGCGGCAAUAUGGAAAUUUAUUAAUAUCUUUCAUGAUUUUUAAGUCUGACAGAUUUCAAUUUUAUUCUAACAGAAAAAAAUAUUCCAUUAUAUAUUUACUAUGUACAUUUAACUCACUUAACUAUGUCUUUUGUUAAGUUUCUAUGUUGGGUGGCAUAAGAAAAACAAAUUAUAUCAUGGGAAAACUGAUCAAAAGUAUUAUUGAGAGAACUUAAGAGAGAAUAAUUAUAUAGAGGAAAAUAUAAUCUAGAGAGUAACACAACGAACAUUGACAUUAAAGCCCUGAAGAAAGAUGCUCACAGCUUUAUUUUAUUUUAAAAUAAACCUGUCUGAUUGUAGCUUAGCGAAACAUUCUAAAUGCAUUCUAAAAUGCAAAUAACAGUUGUGUCCUGAAGAUUGUGUUUCAAGAAUUUAAUAUUUUUAUGCAAAUUAUUUUAUUUAACUUUAAGCAAUAACUAAGGAUCACAAUUAAGUUUUAAUCAAAAUGAAGGCUUAGUUCAAACAUUAGGCAAGAGUGAUUUAAAAAAAACACACAUCUAGCAAGACACAAGGGGGGAAAAAUCCCAUCCUCUUUGGAGAUGAUUAUAUUUUGAUCUGAAGGAUUUGGGGUAUUAAUUAGACACUUAAUAAAACUUAUCUUCCACUGAAAGAGAAAUCUUUUGUAAGCAUCCUACUUUUGCACUUUGAAAGAAAGGCGUUAAUCAUAAGGAAGCAAGAAAGGGCACAAUUGAAUGCUGCAUUUUUAUAAACAAAAUUACAGACUGUCUAACAUAGCAGAAGAGUGAACUAAUAAUAGCAUUCAUAACCAAACACAAUGAUGAUUAUUACAGAACCUUCUAUCACAGUUUAGUCCAGAGACAGACAAAAAUGGGAAAAAAAAAAACCUUGACUUAACACAAAACUGUUCUGGUAGUUGGAUUUCAUUAUCUUAGUGACUCAAUAGUCAUUUUGCAAUACAUUUGUAUUUGGCCAUUUACUGUAAUCACAUUUUUAUAUCUGUACAAUGACAGUUUUUGCAGUUGUGGGGUGGUGUGUGACACUGUCCAUCUUGCAUCAUUGAAACUACUACAGCGAUACUAUCAUUUAACAAUAUUAAUAUUACUUGAAAUAGAGUAAGAUAAAGAAAAGGGGUCUGUAUGAUGUGCAGUUUUGUGCCUUUAUGUAUUUGCCUUGUUCUGUGUUGAAUGUGUGAAAUUCUGUACUGUGGUCUUUCCUAUAAUAGAGAGAGCUGCGUAGUAAAUUAGACCGUGCCCCUCUGAUACCUUUACACUACUGAGAAUAGCGUGGUUUUGGCCGUGAAAACCAAUUUUCAAAAUUCUAAUGACAUGCUGUGUGGUUUUGGUUUUCAGCAUUUCAUUUGAACAUUUCAACAUCAUCAUACAUUAAUGAAUACUCCUGUAAUUGAUAAGCAGUCAUUAAAUACUUCUGAAAGAAAGGGCCAUUGCUUGCAUUACUUUGAAUUUAAUGUUGCGCUUGUGCACUGUAUAAAUAUUGUUUGUGAUGGAUUAGACAUUGUGACUUUUGCCUUUUCAGAAGACAAUAAAAGAUAGGACAAAGUAUUUGAAACUCUUAAAGUGUACAUAUUUUGGUUCUUCUAUCUCCGAUUAUUUAAAAUGCGUAAUUCACAUUUUUGUAAUGAUUCUAUGCAAUUUUGUGGCAUGAUGUUUCUUCCACUUGUAAUUUUAUGUGCUUUCAUCACAAAUCCAAAGGAAACAAUAAAAAUUUCUUAACACAUCCCAA